UGCCACACACCGACUCUCGUCUCUCACCAAUUCCCUCGUAGUCGGACCACCUUCGUUCGUUUCUUUGACUACAACGGCACUCGAUAUAGAAACUCAGUUUGCACAUUCACCCUCGCUUUGCGACAAUUACUAUACAACGUCUUUUUAAUCACCUACCGUCAAUAUGAAGGCCAUAAUUCUCGUCGGCGGCUUUGGCACGCGUCUGCGGCCUUUGACCUUGACUAUGCCCAAACCGCUAGUCGAGUUCGCGAACAAGCCUAUGAUUCUCCACCAGAUCGAAGCAUUGGCCGCUGUCGGUGUAACUGACGUGGUCCUUGCCGUCAACUAUCGCCCGGAGGUUAUGGAGAGAGUGUUGAAAGAGCAUGAAAGCUCUCUUGGUGUCAAGAUCCAUUUCUCUCUAGAGAGCGAACCUCUUGGCACAGCUGGCCCUCUUAAGCUGGCAGAAGAGAUCCUCGCUAAGGACGACUCGCCUUUCUUCGUUCUAAACUCCGAUGUUACCUGCGAAUUCCCUUUCAAGCAACUCGCCGAGUUCCACAAGGCCCACGGUGAGGAGGGUACGAUUGUCGUUACCAAGGUGGAGGAACCCUCCAAAUACGGUGUCAUUGUGCACAAGCCGAACCACCCUUCGCGAAUUGACCGAUUCGUGGAAAAGCCUGUCGAAUUCGUAGGCAACCGUAUUAAUGCCGGUCUCUACAUGCUGAAUGUCUCAGUACUCCAGCGCAUUGAGAAGAACCGACCUACCUCUAUUGAGCAAGAAACCUUCCCGGCAAUCGUCCGCGAUGGUCAAUUACACUCCUUCGACCUUGACGGUUUCUGGAUGGACGUUGGUCAGCCCAAGGACUUCCUGACUGGCACCUGUCUAUACCUCUCAUCUCUCUCUAAGAAGCAACCUCAUCUUCUUGCUUCUCCAUCGGAGAGCUACGUACACGGUGGUAACGUCAUGGUUGACGAGUCUGCUAAGAUUGGCAAGAACUGCCGUAUUGGCCCCAAUGUGGUCAUUGGCAAGAAUGUUGUCAUUGGCGACGGUGUACGUCUACAAAGAUGCACACUUCUCCCCGGAUCCAAGGUCAAGGACCAUGCAUGGAUUAAGAGCACGAUUGUUGGCUGGAACAGCACCGUUGGCAAGUGGGCUCGUCUUGAGAACGUAACAGUUCUCGGCGACGAUGUCACCAUUGGUGACGAGAUCUACGUCAACGGUGGUAGCGUCCUUCCCCAUAAGAGCAUCAAGGCGAACGUUGAUGUUCCAGCUAUCAUCAUGUAAUCGAUGUAAGCACUCGGUGUGCUUUAGGCCGGCCCCCUGAUUUUCGGCAAUUCUUCGUGUAUAUCCUGGAUCCUUUUCUUACUACGAUUUCUAAUACGCCGGCAAUUCCGCCCUCUACCUAGGGGCAACAUCUCUUCUCAACACUUCAAUUCCAUUUCCAACUAGGGUGGCGUUCUGGUCAGCAUGUCAUGAUAGACGACCGUCAUUAUUCCCGGGGUUUUUUGGCAUGAUCUAGUGGAUUUAAGAACAGG